AUGGCCCAAAAAUCCGAGGAAAACACGGUAAUUGAACGAUUUCAGGUUAAUUUUUUUCGACUUCCGACUGAAAUUCAAUUUAUUUUUCAAUUUCCGAUAGAAAAUCCGAGUUAAAAUCACCUGCCGGCACCUGAUAUUGGCUUUUUUCAGUUUUUCGCCAAAAUUUGGAAUUUUUAGAUCGAAGAAGCUAAAUUCCCAUCGAAAAGGCAUCGUCUUGCGUAAAAUUGUCGAGAAACGGCAAUAGACAAGCAUUUCCCACCAAAAGUGCAAAAAUCCCGUGAAAGCGCGAUUUUAUUCCAAACAAGUUAAUUUUUCGUCCCAAAAUGUUAAAAUAUGGGUGUGGCGUAGGUUUUCAGUGCACAUUUCCCAAAAACCACUCAAACAAGGCCGAAAAUUGCAGAUUUUCGUUUCCAUUAACUGUAAAAUUAUCCAGAAAAAGUGGGGGCGUCGCCUGUUGCGAAUACUCAAAAGCUCUUAGCUCAGUCUCACUCUAGCGCAUCAUCGACCAUUCCGCCGCUCCUUUUUCUCCAUUUCGCACUCCCCCCACUUCUCAAUUUCUACUCCGCUCCCUGACCGUCUGCGUCUCCACGGGCGCCCCUUCUCUCUCGUCCCUCUCGUUCUCUCGCACUCUCCGCCUCCCGCACACUCUCUCUCCGUCGCUCCUCUUCUCUGCCUGCACUCUCCCACUUCCGCGCACUAUUUCGUCGCUCUCGGCGCCUCGCCUUCCCCAAAAACAGUCGUCUGGGCACCGGGAAAGCCCUCAAAAUGGAAAAUGGACGAGUUUUAGGCCCCCUAGAUUGUUAGAAAUCCGUCCUCAUUCUAGUCUGUUAAUCUUAGGCCGAAAAGGUACGUGUUUUUCAAAAAUCAAACAAUUUUGUGUCCGAAACGCUCGAAAAUUCGCAUUUUUGCAGAUGAAUCGCAUGACGAUGCUCGAAAAGGGCUGCGAUCCCAUUCACAGCACCGGAUCGUCGCCGUCGGCCCGAAACUCGUACACAAGAUCGCCCAGUUCCAAAUCAGGUGAGACACCGCUAAAUUUGUGCGAUACCAGCAAAAACCGCGAUUCUCCACGAUUGUAGGCCGAAAACCCUCGUUUUGCAGUUGUUUUCCCCGAUGUUUGACUAAAUUGAGCCAUUUUAUCAGUAAUAGCACACAAAUUUGAAAUUUCCCACUUUCCCGUUAUCGUAUGGCUCAUAAAACCGCCCGCUGCACUCAUGAUCGAGAGAGAGAGAAAGCGAAAAGUUUAUGUUUUCCUCCUUCACUUCAAAAACUGAUAAUAUCGCCGCCGCCGUCGCAUUUUGGCGCCUCGCCAGUACCGAAAAGGAGAUGGUGGAGAACUGAUAAGAUGACGGAUGAUGUUGAACUUUUACGCGCCGUGAACAGGCCGUUGGACGUCUUCCGAAUGGGAAAAGACACAUUUUUGGGUUUCUUCGGCGUGAAAAGUUUCUUCAGAGAUGUUUUUUGGACGAUUUACUACUCUCUGUUCUUGCCUUCUCUGUUCUUGCCAGUUUCCCUCUUAUUUUGACGCAUUGCGUGCAUAAAUUGUACGAAACGGCCUUGUGUCUUCGUGGGUGGUCUCCUUUCGAAGGCGAAAUCGGCAAUAUCGGAAAUCUGGCUUAAAAAUAGAGGAUGAUCAACAAGAUUUUGCACUUUCAGCUAAAUAUACUCUCAAUCCGCAUAUUCCGGAUGAUUCGAAUAAGCUGGAAUUACGUGAUGUUUGGUAUUCGAUGGGAUUAGGAUUCCUGAGGAAGUCAAGAUUUGCACGGAAAUGCACGUUUUUGGAUGGAAUGAAUGAGAUCCGGGACGUAGGAAAAUAAUUUUUACUGCCACAAAGUUUUUGCAUAACUGUACUUCGUGGCGAGAUCUUUUUCAAGGUUAGAGUAGUGGCUUCGCUACUUUUUGUUCGCUUCGAGACCCUUCCCGCAUACUGUAGCUUCUCUAGACGCUUCUUUGUCGUAAAAAGUUGUUAUUAUUUUGUGAAGGACAUUCGCGCGACAACAGCUGCUAAUGUGUCCUUCCCAUACAAACGGCGGUCGAAAUGAGACGAAUACGGUGGAGAAUCGGAAAACUGGUAAAAAUGAAUUAUUUUCCGCACACCGUCGAUAUCUUCAUUAGUGUCCUCUUGAUCAGCGUCUCCUCCAGCUUCUUUGAUCUCUCCUAUCCCUGAAAUCUAUCAUCCGGCCACGCUCGGCGAUGAAUUUGUGAAAAUGGAAGGCUUGUUGUUGUUCCACAAUUGUUUCGGGCUAGAGACUUUGGAAAUGUACAGUAAUCUGAACAAGCCUACGAAAGUGAAACCUUUUUUGUUUCCGCUAGAAUUUCCGUCCAAAAACAACUUGUUGACAUGGACAUAGACACACUUUUUUCCGUCGUCUCGAAAAACAGAGCAUUUAGCGCCAGAUGUUUCUCCAAACACACCAAGCGCCGCCCAUUUUUAAAUGGAAACCUAUUUGUUGUUCGUCGAGCCUCAUUCAUUUCUACACUAAUGGAACACCACUCAUCGGCUGCUAUUCACGCGGUUGCGAAAAAAGUGGCGAAAUGUCAUGGACAUUUGGAGGCGGAAAUGGAGGCGAUCGUCGAAGAAUGUCUCGCCGAUAUUAACGCUCCACGCCCGGAAAAGCAUCCGGGCGAUGCGGAAGAGCAUGCGGAUCCGGAUGUUCAACGGCUGGCAGAGGGUCUCCACGAUCUUGGUGAGCGAAAGUAGAGCCACGGACAGAAAUUGCGCGUUCCGUCUUCCUUCCAGGGCUUUUGACCGGGAAUUUCCGCGUUAUCAGUUGCAAUUCUAGCCUAGAUUUGAAGUAACAGUAAUACCUAACCGAGUUCUCUUCAUAUUGAUGGCCUAGAACUUGGAAAACCAAUUUCCCCCUUCUCAAAAAAACUGACCAGAGCUGUAGUGGACGGUUUUUGAGGAGAUUUUUCACAAAAUCAAUCAGUGCCUCUCCUGUCAACCUAAUAGUAAGAACCCAUUUUAGACUCUCCGUCGGCGGAGCAGCGCCGCAACACGACCUCCACUUCGCGCCGUCCGUCCUUCCUCUCGCAGGUGCGGGACUUUAUCCACCCGCGCGCCGGCUCCCUGGGCGCCUCGAUGUUCCGUCGCCCGUCGGCCGGCUCGGAAACCCGUCGGGUGCAGGUGGCCGAGUGCCACGUGGACGCGUACGAUCUGCGCGACAAGAAUCCGAACUUCUACGACGACGAUCAGGGAUUCAGACGCCCGCGCUCGAACAGCUCCGGACUUUUGCUGCUGCGCAAGACUUCGCGUCCCGUCUCGUUCAAUGUCGUCGGAGUUAUUGGUAAGAAUUGAAUAAUCAUUUGAGACCUGUUUACAAAGAAAAACAAAUUUCAGACCAGAAAAACGACCCGUACCAGCAGUACAUGUCGCUGGUGGACGUGUACGAGUUGUGCCCGAACAACUCGAAAAUCAUCAUCAUCGACUCGCUGACGCCGGCGACGCGCGCAUUCCGCAUCAUGCGCGACCACAGUGUGACGACGCUCAUCGUCUGGGACACUUCGGACCACUUGCACGUGAAGCGCAACAUUCUGACGCUGACGGACUGCCUCCAGGCGAUCCGCAACGAGACGAAACCGCACCCGCAGGAUGAGGAGCACGUGCUACGCGCGAGGGACAUCCUCUCCGGAUCCUCGCUCGUCAGCGUGUCGAUCAGUUCGAAGAUUCUGGAACUUUGCGAGGAACUCCACUCAAACCGCCUCCACAGAGUCGUCGUCCUCGAUGAUCUCUCCGAAGUGGUGCACAUCAUCUCGGUCCGGCGCGUCAUCGCCGCCAUCCACAAACAGAACCGCUCGCUGCACUUUGCCCAGUGGCUCUCCAAACCCAUCGGAUUCUCGACCAUCGGCACGUGGGACAACGUGGCCGUCAUCUCGCACGAGGCCACCGUCUUUAGGGCCAUGGAGGACAUGCUCGGAUUCCAUUAUUCUGCUCUGCCGGUUGUUGAUGAGAAUAAUGAGGUUUGUCGCUGAUUUCGUCCAAAAUUUAUCGACUUUUAAAUCGGGAAAUAUUAGAAAAAUUACCUUCAGGUGCUCGGCGUGAUCACAAAAACGGACAUCUGCAAGGCGCUGCCGCUGAGCUUCUACGAACCGAAGCGUUGGCUGAAGGAGACACUGGUGAAGGACAUGUUGCACAUCUGCCGGAGCCAGAUCUUCAUCAGCUCGGCGGACACCAUCGGACAGACCCUCGACACACUCAUCAACGCCGACUCGCAGACCGCCUUCGCCGUCUACAACCGCAAAGUUUGUCUUUUUUCAGGGCUUUUUGAAGCCUGAACUUUUGACCCAGCCGCAAUAAUCUAUGAUCCGAUCGGACUCGAGCUUUACAGGCUUUUUAGACUUGGAUUAAAGUAUUAUAGGAAUAAAUUUCAUGUCUGAUCCCGAGAUCGGCUUAGCCCGAUAGCUUUUUUCUACACAACUCGGGACCGGAUAAUCCGAUCAGUCUGCAAUUUAGUCCCCAAAUACUUCAAUUCAAGUUCAAGAAGCCUGCGAAGUUUGAGCCUGAUCGAGAAAUUGCAAGUGACUCGAAAGUUCUGUACAAAAUCCUCACAACUUUCAGGUGAUCGGUGCGAUCUCUCUGACCGAUUUCCUGACGUUCAUCCUGCGUUCGCCGCUUGCUCCGACCGAGGAAGAAGAGCCCCCAUCGGCGAUGCCAACUCCAGAAUCCACGUCGAGCAGCACGGAGAACAUUGUGCCGAAUAAUAACAAAUGA